CUGCCAUCGAUAAUAGACGUUGGCACCACCAUGCGUCGAACGUCCGAGACUAAAAAAGUUCAUCCCAUCGUGUAGGAGACACACUUGCCAAUUGUGGGGUGUCGAACGUUGUAUACAACAUUGGAAGCAUCGUGCGGGACUCGCAUUAGGCGGUUACCCGUACCACGUGAUUUUUUGACAUUUGUUCCCCUAUUCCCGUUCUUCCGGAAAAAUUGAGUAUCGGUUCCCAGUUCCCAGUACUGCACUGUGCGAUACCGUGGACUCGAGAAAAAAUGCUUUUAGUAGAUGUCACCAGAUGUCACUCUUGAUUUUUCGGCAUGUUCCAAAAAUUGAGGUUAGGUAAAAUGUCGAUGAAGCCGCCAAAUAAAAGUGCGGUUGAAUUUGUAUGAAUUUAUUAGUACUUAUUACUUAGCCAUUCUCCUUUGUAAUCAACUAUGCAGAACAUCCUAGAAACCGUAUCAGUGGUUGCGUCUCUUUUAGUUUUGUUUUUAGUUUUAUUCGUUGUAGUAGUGAACUUGUACUUCUUGAAAAGUAAUGACUUCCAUGUCAGAGUAAAUUGCUGGUUUUGCAAUGUUUGGACAAAGGUUCCUUAUUCACAAAAGAAUUGUUGGGAUUGUCCCUCCUGUUUCCAAUACAAUGGUUUUAGUGAGGAUGGGGGUUACAAUAAGGUCAUUGAAGCACAGCAUGCAGUUGGAUUCACAAGACUAAAAAGUAAUGUAAAGACUGAACCAUCAACAAAUUACUUGUGUACCUACUGCAAUAAUAACCAGCAGUUAAAGGUAUACCAGUUAGCAAAAUUCACUCCCUUGAAUGAGGACAAAUAUGAUAUAGAGAUUGAACAUUUCCAGAAGCAGCUAGAGAAAGCAUAUAAACUAUGCAAAAAAUGUGAAUCUGUCUUAAAGACAACUUUAGAUAGGCAACACUCAUGGAUCUUUGGAAAUCGACUGAAAAGCCUCAAAAAGAAAGGCAUGUCUCUUAUCGACCUCACAAAAUCAUCACAGGGUUUUAGUAAAAAAUACAAGCAGUCAAUAUUUUGGAAGUCAAUAAGAUAUACACUGAUUUUAUUGAGUAUGCUUAUGAUGUGCAAUGUACUAAAAAUUAAAGUAGAAUAUCCAUCAGAUAUGAAGGUAAAACUCCCAGAGAAAUAUGAUGUCAUCAUCAAUGACCUUUCUGAGGUAGUGAAUAACAGCAGUGCUGCUUUGAAUAAAGAAAUUGAUAAUUUAAACAAAUACCUACCAAAUUAUAUCAAAGUGCAUGGAAAUAUCUUAGUAAUGGUAUCAGCUGUUGGAUUUUUGCUCCAAAUUAUACUGGUUCUUUUUGACAGAAGGUCAAAAAUUUGGAAAACUGUAGAAUCUGUAUGCUGGCUGGCAUUUUUAUACACAACAGCAGUUAUACUAAACAAGGAGUACCAGUUUCCUGUUAAUGUUUGCCAGGUAUUGUGUUCCCUGAUAUUAUGUUAUUCAUAUAUGAAUUCCUCUCAAGUAAAACCAUCCAACUUCAAACAGAGGAAUAAGUUUGAGUUCAAGAAACUCAGGAAGCAUAUUGAAACAAAUGAAACCUCAGAAGAAGAACUGGAGGAAAUUGAAGAGGAGGAAGAAAAUCAUUUAUCACUAUCUGAUUCGUCUACAAAGUCCUUUAAGGAUACUUUGAAUCAUUCCCGUUCAUACAGAAUGUCUUCACCAAUCACUGCCAAUUACAAGAAAAAAUCUACCUCUUUUAAUAGCAAUGAUAGCUUCCAUAAUGAUCUCAAUAGGAGUCUGGAUAAUCUGAAACUAGACAGAGGCCCAUCAGCUUUGUUUUCUGAGAAGAAGCCAUUGUUGUCUCCUCCAAAGUUGAAUGUUACACAGAAUCCCUGGACUGCAGGAGGGUUUUGGAAAAAUGACUUCAGCAGAUCGUCAAGCCAGAGUUCCGGAUUUGUGUCUCAUCAUCCAGAUGCGCAUUACAAUUCGUUACCAGCCUCCAGAGAGCCUUCACUCUCCGGAGACGUCGACAGAGCCUCAAUCCUAUCAGAACCUGCCUACCAUUUCCAACCAGUGGAGCACCAACAAUACAGAAAUGGUUUCACAACCUCCCCUCAAAAUGGUUUCACCAGAUACCCUCAAAAUGGAGUUUCCGAAACCAAACUGUACUACAGAGGGGAUAACAAUACCUUCUAUCCUGUUUUGAGUCAGAACAACAUGCUGGUGUUGAGCUGUUCACCUCAAGGUAAUUUGGGCGGUGCUUUUGCCAUGAGAAGCAUGAGUAUCAGCCCUGAGAUGGUGAUUUGUGAUAAGCCUGCGUACAAUGGGCUGUUCAAGAAUAUCAAUGGUGAUAGUAAGAGUUUUAAAAAGAUGUGAUGGCGAGCUGGAUAUUAGUGACAUAGUGGAAGGUGGAUAUGGCCUUUGUAUGGGUUGCUGGCAUUGUAAACCAGCAUUAUCUAUGUAGCAGAUCUAGAUCGAAUUUUCAGAAACUGAGGAGGAAAAAGCAGCAGUAGACUUAUAAAACGAUAUGUCGUCACAAGUUUUUCCUCGAUUUUGGUUGGAAGACAAGCGCAAUUCGACAUUUAAGUUGCAUGUUUGAUGACGAUGCGUCGAUUACAACAAGGACGGUAAACAAGACUUUAGUUGACGAAAAUCCCGUAACAUUUUAUAUAACCUAAUAGAUUAGACCCGGGUUAUAUCAAUGAGAAAGGCGUUAAUUUGCGCUGGUUUGCCGGAAAUGCUCUUAAUAUUAGGUCAAACGUAACAUCUCAACCACCGACUAUACAGGGUCUGUCGAAGCUCAAUAUCCUCGUUACUAUUAGAGUUGCAGAAAAAAGUUACAUAUAAAAGUUGUAGGCAGAGCUAAGGGCUACAACCUAAAAUUAUUUUUAGCUGUAUAGGGUACUGCUCAAAAGCUAUUAAAAAAAACUAUUUCCAGUGGUACGCCUUAGGGCACUGUAUUCGGAAAUCGUUGAAUAAUAAUACAAUGAAUGUCAUUGAAUUUUGCCCCUUUCUGGAAAUACCACGUACUUAUAGAUUCUUUUUCAAGUACCUUUACCCUGAAGAUCGAUAAAGCCCCAAGACGAAUCUGUUGCAAUGUGGUUAAUUUAAUGCUAGCAUCAAUACUUUUUACCUGUGUCCACAAGUGUUGAGAUAUUAAUCGAUGUCAUUCCAAAAAAACUGCUUUUGAACAGAAGUUGAGCCUGUUUGCAACAGACUGUGCUAAGCAACUCUAACGUUUCGUUCUGCCAUGAACCUUCAGUAGCGGACAAAGUUUGGAAACAUUCUUAGUAAUUUUUAAGAAGUGAGCUAAUUUUUUAUUCUUUUUUAUUAACGACUAUUUUUUUCUCAUAUAGUUUGCUUACAGUCUUGCGGAUACAAAUGGCAAUUUGUGUUUGCUGUGAUACUACAGACUAGUAUUAAAAUACCUUCAUAUUAUUUUAUGACCAGAAAUGCGACGACGAAAGUAUGGAAACAUAUUUUUUAUUACAAAAUUAAAUACUAGUAACUCUUCGAAAAGAUUUAAAAAAUACUGUUUAGCUUUUAUUUGGUAGCAUAGAAUUCAGCAUUCAAUACUGACAUCUGCUACUCAUAGAAGACACUAAUUUUUACAGAGGUCUGGUGGGAUAUUUUGCCAAACAUUUUUUACAUAAUCGAAUAAAUCGUUCCCAUUUUUCUUGUCAGUUGUCUUUUAACAUGCUCCCAAAGCUGUUCUAUAGGGUUUAGGUCCGGGGAUUGCGAAGGCCAUGUAAGAACAUUAACAUCUUCUAGUCUUAACCAGUCCUUUACGAAUUUUGAGGUAUGCUUGGGGUCAUUAUCUUGCUGGAAUGUCCAUUGUAAAGGCAUUUCUUCUCCAGCAUGUGUUUACUUAGACUAUCUUUGUAAAGUUUUUGAUCCAUUUUCCCAACAAUUUUAACAAUUGGACCCGUUCCAGAACUAGAAAAACAACCUCAAACCAUGAUGUUGCGUCCACCGUGCUUAACUGUUGGCAACUGAUACUUUUUGCCGAAUCUUUUUUGUAUUGGACGUCUCACAUAUGCCGCACCGUCAUAAAACUGUAUUCUCUUGUUGUUCUGUCCAAGUUAGAUGAGUUUGACCAAAUUCAAGCCGAGCAAGCCUCUAUACACUGUUUUGACAGAAACAUUCUCGGUACCCUCUUCUACGAUUUUUUUUUUUAAAUGUGUGUGUAGCGAUCCAAAACAUCAGUUUUUUUCUGUCUUCCGCACCUGGACCCCGUUGCUGUCGAUCCGUAUUCUUGAUACUUACUGAUAAUUUUCGAAAUCGUCCCUUUGUUCAUUUUUAAUCUUUUAGAAAUGUCGACAUUUCUGACACCAUUUCUAAAUAAUUCAAAUACUUUGUCUCUUAAAUCUUAUGAAAAUUCUUAUACUGUUGUCAUUCUCACUGAUGUUAAUAUUUACCGCACGCAAUGUCGUGUAUCGCAGAACGAAUAACUACGGCAAAACUGUGUCCAUAUUUUUGUCAUUACACAAACUGUGGUUUUUAUUUUCAGAAAAUUUAAAUAUUAAUAAGAAGAAUAUUUUUAUUAUCUGUUCAUUCACAAUUUUUAUUUAGGUAUAUGAAAUAGUUCAUAAUGAUGUUAAUAUUUGUUUCCAAACUGUUGUCCGCUACUUUACAUAAAAUUGAUAUCGAACAGAUAAAGUAUUAUGGGAUCUGGUCCAAAUAUGUUAAGCCGAAAUUGUUGGAUAAGACGUUUUGGAUUGUCUAAUCGUUGAAAUACUUGUAUUCACUUGAAAUGAUUUUUGUAACAUUUGAAUUCGAAUGUGCAGAAAAGCACAAUAUUUCCAACUUUCUUAACGAUUGUAUUUAAAAGAAUGUAUGAUAAUCUGGUCACACUAUAUGACAGGUAGAAAUAUCGUUUUUUUCUGCAAUAAUUUGAAAAACUAUUAUGAAGGGACUUGAAAUUUUUGAACAUUAUUCAGACUCCCGCGGACGGAAAAAUAAAUACUUUCCAGACUCCACAUGAAGACUGCCAACACAGAACCAUUUGGUAAAAUAUUUACUCCUAUACAAUAGAAAGCUUUAGAAAUACAGGGUGGCCGAUAUGUAACUGACUGGUUUGUAUCUUGAAUGUUUGUGAAAUGAAAUAAAAUACGUCCAUUUUUUCCAUGUUAAUAUUUUAUUGUAACUUAGAAAUUAUGUAUGAAAAAUGAUAUCAGACAAAUGUCCGCCUCUAGGAUGACAUUUUCCAUUACUUUUUGGUAGGUUUCGGGAGGAAUAUUUUCAAUCGCUUCCGUAAUAUUGUUCUUCAGCUGCAGUAUUUCGUUUGUUGGCAUAAACCCUAUUUUUAAAAAAUCCCGAUAAAAAAACAGUCUGGAACCUUUAAGUCCGCUGACCUUGGUGGCCAGUCGGCAUCACCAAAUCGAGGAAUUAAACGUCCCGGAAAUAUUGUUCGCAAAAGAUUCAUUGUUUCGCUAGCUGUGUGACAAGUUGCUCUGUCCUGCUGGAACCACAUAUUUUGCAGGUUAAAUUGUUGGAUUUGAGGAGCCAGAAAAUUUUGCGCCAUAUCGCGGUAGCGCUCGCCACUGGCGGUAAGUAAAUUACCUGCAGCGUCUUCAAAUGAGUAAGGUCCAAUGACACCUCCAUACCACACACCGCACCAAACUGUGAUUCGACGAGGAUGUAGUGGUCGUUGAUGGAUGACAAGAGGGUUCUCUAAUACCCUGAUACGACAAUUCUGCUUAUUAAUAAAUCCGUUCAUAUCGAAAUGGGCUCAUUAUCAGUUGUCGGUAAAAAUCGUUAUUUUGGGUAUUAAGCUGCAAUAUUGCAUGAUUGUAUUGUCGGCGACCUUCAUGGUCACUAGGCUGUAGUUCUUGGGUUAACUGAAUGUUGGACUUUAAACAACUACUACGGCGCCACCUACUGAAAUGCGUGUAUCAAAAAUGGCGCGCAAUUUAAAUCAGUCAGUUAUUUAUUGACCACCCUGUAUUUUAAGUAACAUAAACUGUGAUUCAACCAAGUACGUUUGGUAGAUUUUAGUGUUCGUAUGUUCAAUGUAUAUAUUUUAGUUGGCUCCUUUUUUAAAUUACUUUAUAUUGUAAAAUGCAUAAUCUGUGUAUGUAUUGAAUAAUUUGAAUCAUUGUUUCUGAAUGAAUUUUCUGUUAAUUUAUCUUAAAAAACGUGGUUUUCUCAUAUCAAAUACCUUUGAUUUUAAACAUAUUCCGAGCUGUACUUAAACACUAUGAAUUUAUUUUUGAUUUCAAACAAAACAAAAACUGUUCACUGCCAUUUGCAAUUUACCUCACCAAUAUCCGAUUCUUAUGUGUACUUUGUAUAUAUAUAUAUAUACAUUAAUUUUUUAUUUGUACAGGAUGUAUUUAAAAUCUUAUUAGCUGUGUUGUUUAUGGAAGGUUGUGC